ACCCUGCACUUCCCAGCUCUCCUCUACCCAGGGGCCCCUCCCCACCACCCACUCUAUAUAAACCCCGGGGCUGAGACAGACCCACCAGUCCCAGCCCCUGGAUUUGAACGAAGGAUGCUGCUUGUGCUCUUCACAGCCUUUCUCCCAUUCGCCGCGGCCUUCCUCCUGCCCCCGAGGCCUCAUAUGGACUGGGUCAUCGGGGGCGAGGAAGCCCUGCUCAGCUCCAGACCCUACAUGGCCUAUGUGCAAAUUGGGUCAACGGGAAGCUGUGGAGGGUUCCUGAUCCAGGAGGACGUGGUGGUGACGGCGGCUCAUUGUAACUGCAACCUGGGCAACAUCUUUGUCUACCUGGGAGUCCAAGACUUCAUGGAACCAGGACAGAACUGGCAACGGAUCCAGGCCCGUCAUUGGGUCCAGCACCCUGACUUCAACAAUGAGAACUUUGACAAUGACAUCAUGCUGCUGAAGCUGUGGCACAGCGCGGAGCUGACCGAGUGGGUGAUGCCCAUCCCCCUGCCGGAGGCCGAUCACCACGUCAGCCCAGGCUCCGAGUGCAGCGUGGCCGGGUGGGGUCAGACCGGAGUGAACACCACCACCGACAGGCUGCAGGAGGCGGAGCAGGAGGUCAUGUCGGACGGCCUGUGCAGAGAGCGGUACCGGCAUUACGACCCCACCACCAUGCUGUGUGCCGGCAGCCCCCAUGUCAAUAAAUCACCGUUCCAUGGUGAUUCUGGUGGGCCCCUCGUGUGCGAUGGCGUGGUCCAGGGCAUCAUCUCCAAUGGAAAUCCGGAUGGGCGCCCCCCCAGCAUAUACACAAGAAUCUCCAAAUUCAUCCCCUGGAUCAGUGAAACUCUGCAGAAACUGAGUUAAAGGUGACGCUCGCCUUUAAAGGGUUAAUUUAGCCAUACUGGUCUCCGUGCCUGUGUGCAACUCCUGAGAUGCUUUAUAUUAGAGGGAUUUUUUUUUUCACUGUUCAAGAAAUGCUACGAAUGGCUCAGUCCUGAAAUUCUUUUGUGGCUACAAAUGCUCCUUCGAUGUUUGAAAUUUUGUUCUAUUUUAUUGUCACCCCAAACGGCUAGUCAAUAUUUGGGGCUCUGCGGGUGCUCUGGUUCGGAGCAGAAAUUCACAAUAGUGCCUGGUAUUUACUUGAUGAAAUCUGGUUUAUUUACAAGGAAUAUCCAAAGUCCUGUUUCCCUGAACACAAUCAGCAUCAAACAGCAACAGACAGCUCUUCUGUUCACUGUCCCAAGCCUGCCUCUCCAGAAAAGACUCUGUGCCCAAAAAAUUACUUCUCUUAGCUGUUUCUCAGGGCCACAUUUCUGUGCUUCAAGGUUAUGUCUGCCUGGCUAUUUACUCUCCGUCUGUCUCUCUUCUGUCCCCAGGUCUCUCUGUAUUAUAUCUGUCUGAUCCACAUUCCCCAUUACCCAGAACAAUAUUCAGUGACAACCUUUCUUCCUGAUUCAUUAGAAUUCCCAACUGUGCAGAGUGUUUUACAUCAGCCUAGGGGAUUCUGGAGUAAGGGUACAAUUUUCAUUGUUGAAUUCUAUACGCCUUCUACAAAUGCUGAUUAUUUUUUAUUCUAUUGCAGUCUUCAAGGGUUUUCUACCAUCAAAAUUCCUAGCUGCAGUGUGUCAUUGGUGUCUUAAAAACUUUCUUUCACCCAGCCAGAGAGCAGGAAUGGGGCUUUUUGGUUUUGGUGGCCAACCUCUCACCACAAAGCGUGGCUACCCGAAUUAAAUAGCACAUGAAAAUAGGACACCGAAAUGGUUGUGUGAAAAUAUUUAAAUUUUGAAUGUUUUGUUUUGUGCAUUUUGAGCCGGACCCAACUUUUAUUUAUUUUCAGUAUUUUCUUUUCUUUUCUUUUUCCCUCUGCCACCCCACAGAUAUUUAUUUAUUUAUUUAUUUAUUAUUAUGAUACUGAAUGAAGGUUGGAAAAACCAAAGGAAGGGAACCUGGGAAGCAUUGCUGACAUACAUUGGGACAAAAGAAUUGUGUAUUUCCAACUAUUUGGAAGAUAUUGAAAAUGGACACUUGUUUGAAUAACCAACGGCACUUCAGGGGAAAAAAUCCAUUUUUAAAAAAAUUAAAAAAUAGUCUUGUUUGAACAAUUCAC